CACAUCAUCCAGACAAUGUACGGCUGUGAUCUCCGGGAAGACAACACCACCAGGGGGUUUUACCAGGAUUCCUAUGAUGGACGAGACUUUCUCACCUUUGAUAAGGAGACCAUGACUUGGGUCGCCGCCGAUAUUGGGGCUCAGAUCACCAAGAGGAGGUUCGAUGCUGAUGUAUCUGGCAAGCGGCGAUGGAAAGUCUAUAUGGAGGAGGAAUGUAUUCAAUGGCUAAAGAGUUUCCUAGAGUACGGGAAGGAGACUCUACAGAGGAAAGUGCGUCCAACCGUGAGGGUGAGGGGCAGGUCGGCUCAUGACGGCCUCCGCACCCUCUCCUGCACAGUCAGCGGGUUCUACCCCCGGCACAUCACCGCGACCUGGCUGAGGAAUGGGGAGAGCAGAGAGCAAGACACCUACUCAGCAGGCCCCCUCCCCAAUGGGGACGGGACCUACCGGACCUGGGUGACGAUGGAGAUUGAUCCCCAAACCAAUGCCCAGUAUGCAUGUCGCGUGGAGCACGAGAGCCUGUUAGAGCCACUCUCUGUCCCCUGGGAACCAGACAAUCAUCGGAUUCCCGCUGUGGCCGGGGGGGUCACGGCUGCUCUCCUGGUGGCCAUGGGAAUUGGCGCAGUCGUCUGGAAAAAGAAAUGCUCAGGUAAAGAGCCUGGGAUUGGGAUGGGGGCUUCCCUGCACCCGCUGACCCUGCAGACCCCCCCCUCCGGGCGGUAGCAACACGGGAGCCGGUGUCAGUGUGGUGAACCGUGGACUC